AUGGAUGACGACUUCACCCCUCAAGGUCUUGGAGGUACACUUGACUGUGUCUUUCACGUUUUUCGCGUCUUUCAAAAGAGAUGGAAAGACUUCCUUGCCAUUAGUCUUCUUGUGUACCUCGCUGGGUUGAUUGUUGCAAUCUUAACGGCUCUGUUGAUGGGAAACGACUUGAAGAUUGAUGGAUUCAGUAUUCAACCACAGUUCAGUGUCAACGUUGGAGGCGGUAAUCAGACACAAACUGAUAAUUCAUCGUUCUACAUUCAAUACUGGCAAUUGGCUGCGUACUUGAUCGAAGUGCUCAUCUACUACUGCUUUUCGUGCAUUGCUCAUGGUGCGAGUGUAUGGCUUGCGACCCACUUGUACUUGGAACAGUAUCCGUCGAUCCUAAAUGGUUUCUCAAAUGCUGGAACCAAAGUGGUGUCUCUGGCAUGGUCAUUGAUUCUUAUUUCAAUGAUUGCAGUUGUCCCAUGUUUCUCCAUUCUUGCGGCACUUCGAGACUAUCUUGUACUUGCAAUUCUGCUUGUUUGCAUUGUAACUGGUUUUCUGCAGGUCAUAUUUUACCACGCCUAUCCAGUCAUUAUGGUUGAAAAUAAAGGGGGGCUGCAGGCACUUUCCAGAUCCUUCGAAAUCUCAAGUGGUCAUCGAGUAUAUAUCUUUUGCAUUCUCUUCACAUGGGGACUCAUUCGUUCCAUGAUCGGUUUGCUCAUUGCCCUGAUUUCGAGUACUGGUCUCAAACAAGAGCUCACCUUCAAUGAAGACUACAUGUCUUGGGAUGUUGAGGUAUCCCGCGGUUGGCAGUACUAUUUUGCACAAGUCCUUGAUACAAGCUUUGGAAUUAUCUUCUUGGCCCUUGAGUCAGUUUUCCAAGCAGUCCUGUACUUGCGGAACCGUGCCGCCAAUGAAUCGUUGGAUAGAGUCGGCUUGGCAUCGGAACUUGGAAGCACAGAAGAUGGCGAUUACAUCACAAUGACAACUGCAUCAUCUUCCAACGAGGAAUCAAGAAAUGACAAAAACGCCAAGGAAGAUCCAGGAACUUUGCCAUAA